UGCACUUCUGGUUGUUGUUUCAAACCAAUACCAUAGCUUAGUAGGAGUUUGACCGAAAGUAAUCUAGUGAAUCUAGUAAUACUGAACAAAAUAUCAAAGUUCGUUGGAAUCAUUAGUGGUGAUAGUAAAAUAAUACAAAUCUAGUAAUGGUUGUCGCUGUGAAAGUUUUCAAAAAAUCCGCACCAAAUGGCAAGCUAACUGUCUACCUGGGAAAGCGUGACUUCAUCGACCAUGUAGACUAUUGUGAACCCGUUGACGGUGUGGUCGUAAUCGACCAGGAAUACCUGCGGGGACGCAAGGUCUUCGGUCAGCUCGUCACCGUCUACCGCUAUGGUCGCGAGGAGGAUGAAGUCAUGGGGGUCAAGUUUUCCAAGGAGAUGGUCCUGACCAAGGAACAGGUCUAUCCCAUGGUGAACUCGAAGAUGGAGAUGACCCCCAUGCAGGAACGCCUGGUCAAGAAGUUGGGCGAGAACGCCUAUCCGUUCACGUUCCACUUCCCGAACAUGGCGCCAAGCUCGGUUACGCUGCAGGCCGGCGAGGACGAUCAGGGUAAGCCACUUGGUGUGGAAUACUCGAUCCGGAUCUACGUCGGCGAGGAUUCCGAGGAGAAGGUUCACAAGCGCAGCACCGUUGGAUUGAUGAUCAAGAAGCAGCAGCACGCUCCGGCCACCCGUGGUCGUCGUCUGCCAUCUUCGUUGGUCAGCAAGGGCUUCACCUUCUCGCAGGGCAAGAUCAACCUGGAGGUCACCCUCGAUCGGGAGGUCUACUACCACGGCGAGAAGAUCUCCGCCAACAUUGUGGUGACGAACAACUCGCGCAAGACCGUGAAGAGCAUCAAGUGCUUCGUGGUGCAGCACUGUGAGGUUACAAUGGUCAAUGCCCAGUUCAGCAAGCACAUCGCCUCGCUGGAAACUCGCGAAGGAUGCCCGAUCACUCCGGGAGCAAGCUUCACCAAGUCCUUCUUCCUGGUACCACUGGCUUCCAGCAACAAGGACCGUCGCGGAAUCGCCCUCGACGGACACCUCCGUGACGAGGACGUCAACCUGGCUUCUUCGACCAUGAUCAGCGAAGGUAAGAGCCACUCCGAUGCCAUGGGUAUCAUCAUUUCGUACUCACUCCGCGUGAAACUGAACUGCGGAACCCUUGGCGGAGAGCUCCAGACUGACGUUCCCUUCAAGCUGCUAACCCCAGCUCCUGGAACCGUUGAACGCGAACGCGUUAACGCCAUGAAGAAAAUGAAGUCGAUCGAGCGCCACCGCUACGAGAACUCCCACUACGCUGACGAUGAUGACAACAUUGUCUUCGAGGACUUCGCUCGGCUGCGAAUGAACGAACCAGAAUAAGCUGCAUCUAAUGUCAUUAUGAGACCGCAAGACCUUCCUCCCGUAAGAUUUGAUUUUGGAUCCUAAGUUGUCCAUAAUUACUCUCUCACACCCACCAGAACUGAAACAAAACAAAAAAACUAGUCGCCAAAGACAACCCACCUGUAUACUAAUCGAGAAGCUAUGUGAUAUUUCAAAAAGUUGAUUUGCCUCUCUAUUUUGAAAGUCAGUUUAGUUUUCAAGUAAUUUAGUUUUAAAAUACAUAAAAAUAACACAAAAAUUAAACAAAAAAAAUAAGCCAUAAAGUAACACGAACGUUUCGAUUCGUCGAUUGAUUUUCGGCUGUAAGCCGCGACAACUGCGCAGUUGAUCCAACUACCAUCAUCACAAAAAAAUGAAAAAAGUUCAAAUCUUUCGAUCAAUCGAACACAACUAUAAGCCAAAUAACGAGUAACCAGAAGUGAACCAGAAACGAACGUGGCCCUCUGGUGAAUGUUGACGGAACUAGAGUUCCCUGCGGAUACUCUUGGACUAUUGAAAUCUCUAAGGGGGACCUCGUGUAUUAGUUUUAAGGCAGAUGAUGUUAUGCAAACGAUAUAGUGACACAUGACUGCAAGCUUACCGCAAAAAUAAGAGUGAAUUUAUUAUUUUAUUGUAUUGCAAUUCGCACUGGAAACGCGAUUUCUGUAUCAACUGGCCCCGCACCAACAAGCUGAAAAUCCAUUCAAUCGGACCCGGUCGAAUCUGGUGUGCGUGUUUUGAGCGGUUCCAGUUGAAUUGGCGAGUUUUCCCCAUGGCGCCAGGACCAGAAGAUAGAGAGUGGCAAGUUUCGAACCCUUUAAGUUAUUUCGUUUUGUGCCGAUGGAAAGCAUCUCCUUUUGCUUGGGGUUUCUCCGCACUUCGAAGGGGCCACCGGUCGAAGGGAGAUACAAUCCGGGCAAGUGAACAGAGCAAUAGCAGCGCAAUCCUUCUCCGGCUGCGCGUAUCAAUGCUGUGGUUGGCUGAGGUUUUGUGCGAAUUUCAGCCAGCUCGGAGAUGCCAGGACAGCGGAAGGGGGAUUUCAGUUUUAUUUAAAUGUAGAUUAUCAAGCAAAAAAUAAAUAGAACAACAGGUACCUACAAUUGUCAAUUUCCAAAUGGUCUUUAGUUUUUAGGUUUUGAUUUAGUUGUUUCAUUUGUUGUAUAAUAGUUGAAAUGCAAAUAAACAUGUUAUCAGAACUAAAAACGAUAAAUGCAGAAUGAAAAACAAAAGAAGUUUUUAUAUUUAUUCAUAAUUUUGUAAACAUUUUUUCUCUGCGAAAAUAAUUGGCAAUAAUGAAUUGGUUUUAUUACAGCUUCAAA